AUGGCCAUCCCCUACCUCGUUGCGGCUUUCCCACAAUAUGAUUGGGUCCUGAUUGAUCAUGACAUGGCCUUUACAGGUGAUUGGGACUUGGAAGAACUAGUUGCACUAGCCCCGACAUGGCAGCGACUACAGACCCUGGCCAUGCCAUCAGGGCAGGGUGCAACGAGUGCAAACACUGUACGAGAGUUAGACCCUCAGGCUGGUGGCUCGACUAGUGAUCCUUACACCCGAUCACCUAGCGCCAAGGUGUAUGUUCCAUCGGCCGACCCACAUGUCAAGCUUCUCCUCUGCACAGAGCGCAACCUCGAUGCCAAUGGAGGAUUUGCUGUCAUGACAAAGGUGGAGGGAACUGCUCGACUCUUCGGAACGCGCUCGGAGUCUGCGGUUUUGGCGGAUCCACAAGCCCACCUCCUCUUAAGAGGGACACCGUUUUAUGGGGCCACAGCAACCUCCACUCUCGACUUUGCCACUGCAUGGAUGCUGUUAGGUCGGUAUGUCCAUGUUGAUGCUCCGGAGGAUUGGAAAGAAGCCUUCCCUGGAUACGCAGUGUGGGGAAUGGCAUGCUAUGAGCAGGCAUUUUUACCAUGUGUCGCUGCUCUGGCCACGUUGGGAUGGGCCCCCACUCUAGCGGAAUCGCUCUGGGGCACCCCGGACAUGAAGCCGCUCCGGGCAAUGGCCGGGUCGAGUGAUGGGGAAGCUAGAUGGCAAGUGAUGCCCGGACUUGCGAUUUCCAUGCCAAAACACAUCCCUGUGUACGGCCCGGAUGCGCCGCCGCCCGCCCAAUGGAAGUGGUGCUUUCCGCACCUUACAAUGUCACAUCGAAGUCUCCUUCUUCAGCUGCAAGCGACUUUUGUGGGCAGCCCUGAAGCGGGUGCCUGCCGACUGGUGCCCCAUCCGGCCUGUGCCUACCGGCAUCUUCCCUGGCACCCGCUGCACCCAGCCUGGUGCAAGGACUUUACCAGACUUCCUCACAUGAAGGGGCAGUUCCAUGGUUUCACCCGUUGCAUAGAUCCGUUGCGUCGGUCGAAGCAAAAGACGACCAUCUUCCCUGAUCCUCCAGCAGGCUGGACUGCAGGCUGCAUGCCAAGCCGUACUUUGGCCAGCCAAAGUUUUGACUGGCCACAUGGAGCUAAGCCAACUGGCAAUAUACGUUUCCUUACGAAUUUGGCUUUCGCCAUGGCGUACUUUGCCUCUUGCGGCGAGGGCUAUUCGGCAUACCUCCCGAGCACCCAGUACCUGGGUGAUUUGCAGCACCAAUGGUCCCUUCCGCGGCAGACAACAGUUCCCGAUGGCUUCCGGCUGCAGUGCGGAGAGACGAGCGAUGACUCGCCCUCCACCGGAAGUACCGGUGUACCGCGCAGCGACGGUGGGCAGUCAGAUGCUCCCUCUUGGAACCAGCCAAGCAUGGAUCUGAGCAGCGCAAACCCCGAGCCAGUGACUGCAGCACCCGCGCACCUCCGUGCAGAAGAUCUUGGCUGCAUGUGA